UGCGAGGCGGGGAGGGAUGGAUGCGGAGAGGACGCGGUCCUCUGACUGAGAGCAAGGUCAGAAGCGCGCGGCCCCACGCUCCCCGCCGCUGAGAACUUCCUUGGACGCCAACAGACGUCUCCUGCAGCUGGGCAGAGCGCACAGCUAGCAAACGAGCCGAGCAAACGGAGCGAGCCAACGGAACGAGCACCGCCGGAUCGCCCGCGCCCCGCCGCGGGGAGAAGCAGUUCGCGCCCCCCUGCGGUCCCGGCUCGGGCCCCCGUGUGCGCCCAGCACAGCCCGCGCCGCCGUUGGGCCCCCGCCAUGGCGGAGGUGGGGGGGGUCUUCGCCUCUUUGGACUGGGAUCUGCAUGGUUUCUCAUCAUCUCUGGGGAACGUGCCCUUAGCUGACUCCCCGGGUUUCCUGAACGAGCGCUUGGGCCAGAUCGAGGGGAAGCUGCAGCGGGGUUCGCCCACAGACUUCGCCCACCUGAAGGGGAUUCUGCGGCGCCGCCAGCUUUACUGUCGCACCGGCUUCCACCUGGAGAUCUUCCCCAACGGCACGGUGCAUGGCACCCGCCACGAUCACAGCCGCUUCGGAAUUCUGGAGUUCAUCAGCCUGGCAGUGGGCUUGAUUAGCAUCCGGGGUGUGGACUCUGGCCUGUACCUGGGGAUGAAUGAACGAGGAGAGCUCUAUGGAUCGAAGAAACUCACACGUGAAUGUGUUUUCCGGGAACAGUUUGAAGAAAACUGGUACAACACUUACGCCUCCACCUUGUACAAACACUCAGACUCGGAGAGACAAUAUUAUGUGGCCCUGAACAAAGACGGCUCACCCCGCGAGGGAUACAGGACUAAACGACACCAGAAGUUCACUCACUUUUUACCCAGGCCAGUAGACCCUUCUAAGUUGCCCUCCAUGUCCAGAGAACUCUUCCGCUAUAGGUAAUGGACCUGGGGAGGGGGAGGAAAGGGGGGAAAAUCUGUGACCUUAGUAAUUCUGAGGCCACGGCUGUGUCUACAAGCACUAUACUCAUAGCUUUCCAAGUCUUCCUAUCAAUUUAGAUAACAGAGAGGCACUUACCAUUCAACUUGACCCAGCUGUUGAUCCCUGGUUGUUCAAAGUGUAUAUGAAGGUUGAGUUAUUUUGGGGAGGGAUGUGGGGGGAUGGGGCGGGCCUGAGGGAAAGCCUGUAUAUACUUUUUUUCUUUAAUCAUGUUCUUUCCUCUGAGGUGGAAUGACAAAGAAUUGGGGAGGGGGAUGGGCGUGGCAGGGGAACCCUGUCAAGGGUCAAGGGUUGUCUUGCCCCCACAAUCCUCCCAAAUGCCUUGAGAAUGGAUAUAAAAGAAAGACCAAGGAAUCUGCCACAGAUGCUACCUACAGAGCUUUGAAAAAGUCUCCUGAAGAAAAUCCUCAGGGCUCCCGCCCUGCUGCGAGCCGGCCUCUACUCCGGCUCUGCUGAUUUCUCAUUCGUCCUAACAUGCAGUUUUCCUGCCAUUGCAAGUGGGAAGAGGGCUAGGCUGUAUGAAAAUCAUAUUCAAAUGUUAAGCAUGGAUACUGUGCAUAAGGACAAACUAUUUAUGAAAUGUAUAUGCUAUUUAUUUUAUAUAUUUAUUUAUUUCAAAAAAUAAUUUUAUUUUUAAUGAGAGAUGCUAUGACUGGAUUUUCAUCAGAAAGAAUAAGGUCCUACUGAAACAGGAUAAAAAAUGACUUAUUAAAGG